AUCAAUCUCCAUCGUUGCGUAAAUUUUUAUUAGUUUAACAUUUGAGUAUUAGACGCUGAUUAAUGCGAUUUUAAACUAUUAUUGCAUUAUACCGUCGUUUCAACUGUUUUUCUUCAUACGCGAUGUAUAUUAGUUUUUGGUGAUGUUUGUUCAAAAGAAACAGACAAGAUGGAGACUAAGGCUGCUACAGUAAUAUUUGCCAUGAGCCAUUUUAAAAAUAAGCAGAAUCUUAUGAUUCGUACUUAUUCGGCUGUGCUUCCCCAGGCUAAGGGUAACAUCGUCCUGGCACAUGGUAAUUGCGGACAUUUUAGAAGCGAAUUUGCUGCUUACGACAUUGAAUGGUACAUGGCACAUUAUGGAAUUGGAACACCAAAUGUAAAAAAUGUUGUUGAUGCCGAACUAAGUGGAGUCUAUCCCAAGGAUGCUAACAUGAGCUACAAUUAUUCCAAUAGUGCAUUUCCACAUUUUUCACAGCUAGAUGGCCGUAAUAUGUUUGACAUAACUCCAAGAUUUAUUUACGAGGGAAGUUUCAUACAGAAGCUUAACAGUAUUGGAUACAAUGUCUACGGUUUAGAUCACCAAUCCCACGGAUUGUCUCAAGGUAUCACUGAUCAGCGCAAUUACUUCCUAUCCAUUGAUGAUUUGGCUGACGAUAUUAUUCAAUUCAUUGAUAUUGUGCGUCGUGGGAAGUUUAAAGAUACCGAGCAGUCCAUGAAUGACUACAACCCUCACCAACCAUCGGAGGUAGGGAAAGUUUUCCUUGGUGGUAUUUCUAUGGGUGGAAACAUUGUUUUAAGGGCUGCUCAAAAAAGUGGGUCAUACAACAAAUCAAAUUCGAUGUUCCUCGAUGGUCUAAUUGCCUUUGCGCCAAUGACUGACAUGACCACAUAUACUGCAACUCCUAAAGCCAAACUAUUGUUUUGUGCUGCUAGGGUUAUUGCUGCUUUGAAACCCAGAUCCAUUUCGAAUUUGGGAUGCACUGUUCCUGAUAAUGUAAACAGGUUCUUCAGAUGUCAAGAUCCUAUUUACUACUCUGCUUGUCAGAGCUAUCGUGUACUUCUCAACUUGUUCGACGCCACAACUACACUGUCAAAGAAUUAUGGCUCUUACCCUCCCGAAAUGCCAACUCUGCUGUUCCAUUCGAAAGACGAUGAUGUGUGCACAAUCAGAGGCACAUAUGAAAUCCUAAGCACCCAUCUUAAAAAUCACAAAGAUAUCAAAUUUGUGGAAAUGGAAGGGUCGAUUCACUGCUUGACCGCCGCAAUAUAUGUUGAGAAUAUUAUGCCAUUCGUUGCUAAGUGGCUCAACAGGAUCAACCCAUAAAAAUGCCUAAAAAUCUAGUGCAUCACACAAAAUAUUAAAAGGGCCAAUCUGUAAUUAAUCUUGCAAUGCUAGCAAGUAUCUAUGAUACUUCAUAUCUUGUCGUCGCGUGUAAUUAGGUGACACGGUAGACAUUUCUUAACUAGGUAUCCUACAAUGUCGACGUUUAUGUAUCCUACUGUCCAGGCACUUUAGACUUCUUUGCGAUUUUGGCACGAAGAUACCCUUCUUCUAUUUGAUCCGGCACAAGGAGUACCAUAUCAUGACUCAAUGGGUCUACUGCAGUAGACUGUAAGUCAAAGGCAUGUGGACUAUAUAUGAAGGGAGAGUUACAACUUGGGCAUAACGUAUUCUAUAAUGUUAUGGGACUGAAUAACUAUAACCAACCUUCUGCGAUAUUUGGGAUUUCAUCAACUCUUUAAAGGCUUUCUCCGAUAUGCAGCAACCGCAGGUCCAAAUUAAAACUCCGCGAUUCACGCCGCAAAACUCAGUAAGUGUAAUUGGACACAGAAAACGUUGUGAACUCUUAUC